AUGCGCGACCCGCCCAAAAUUUUUGGUGGUCGGCGAGCUGCAUAGUAGGGCUCGCUCCCUACUGUGCUGCCCCCCGUUGUCCCCGCGAGCCGCGCGGCUGCAGCAACCUUCGUCGCCGCCGACGACGACCGUCGGAACCCUUCUCCGUUCCCCUGCGGCUGGCCCUUCCCCUCGUCCUCUGCACUGCAGUGGCUGAAGAGGCAGGAGUGAGGGCUUGAUCAGAGAUGAAUGCCCCAGAUCGCUAUGAGCGCUUUGUCGUGCCUGAGGGCACCAAGAAGGUGUCAUAUGAGAGGGACACAAAGAUCGUGAAUGCAGCAUCUUUCACUAUCGAGCGCGAGGACCACACCAUCGGCAACAUUGUCCGCAUGCAGCUGCACAGAGACCCAAAUGUGCUCUUUGCUGGCUAUAAGCUCCCUCAUCCACUUCAGUACAAGAUCAUCGUCAGGAUCCAUACUACCAGCCAGUCCUCCCCAACACAGGCCUACUCCCAGGCAGUCAAUGAUCUAGACAAGGAGCUUGAGUACCUCAAGCAAGCUUUUGAGGACGAGAAGAACAGGUUUGAGAUGGCGAGACUUUAGGUGCAAAGAAGACUCGAAGGUUAUGUAUGUAGAUGAUGAUGAUGACCUCAGACUGUUGUUCCCCGAACUAGUACCAGCACCUUUGACCUUGGUUGGUGUAAUCCUUGAACAUGUGCCAAGACUCCAAACACUCAUGCUGUGUUAGCUAUGUCGUUGUGGCACUCAUUCCCGGCUGUCAUCGUUUUAUUGCUGUGUUAUCAUGUGUUUGCAUUACUAUUA